GCUUCCUCGUUAUUGACCUCUGUAAGGGUAAGGUCGUCUUGUUCGUUCCUCUCCACACGCACAGAGACACGCACAGGCGCACACAGUGACACCCACACGCACGUCUCUCCAAUAAAACUCCACAAAACCAUGAUUCAACGUCCUGUUACUCUCCUUCUUCCCUUAGUUACUACUUUCGUAUUCCGUUACGGCGUCGUUUCCGACCCUCAGACCAAUCUCCUCAACACUGGCUGCUUUCCGUACAUAAAAUUGGAUCCAGUAGCUGCUAAUUCGUUCAAUCAAAGCCUAAACGCAGCGUUUGGAGAUCUCAGGGAUCAGGUCUUCAACCAGAGCAAGCACUUCGCCACGGCGCAGCGAGCCAACGGAGCCACCCCUCUUUUCGCUCUUUAUCAGUGCAGGAGUUACCUCUCCGUCGCCGACUGUGUCGCCUGCUUCACCGUCGCUUCCGCUCAUAUCAGAAACUGCUCUGCCGGGACCACCGCUGCUCGUGUCAUCUAUGACGGCUGCUUCCUCAGGUAUGAGAGCAGCAGUUUCUUUGACCAAGCAACAGGAUCUUUCGAUUCUGCAUCAUGUGGAAAUCAGAAUGCAGAAGCAGCCACAACAUUUAACUCAACUAUUCAACAAGUGCUAAUGAGUCUCCAAACAGAAACACCCAGAAUCACUGGUUUCUCUGCAGCUACAAAGAUUCUAGUGCCCAAUAACAGCACAACCAUUUAUGCCUAUGCUCAAUGUAUUGGAACUAUCUCUCAGAGUGGGUGCGAGGAUUGCCUGAAGCAAGAGUACAACACUGUGCAGACUUGCCUACCCAGUUCAGAUGGUAGGGCUUUUGAUGCUGGGUGUUUCAUGAGAUACUCCACAACUUCCUUCUUUCCUGAUAACCAGACGAUUAAUAUCACACCCUCCAAACAAGGUUCAAGUAAAAAUGAUAAGGGAGCCAUUAUUGGUGGAGUUGUUGGAGGUGUAGCUCUUGCUUUGGUUCUUAUUGCAUCAUUAGCCUGGAUGCAGAUUAGACGGUCAAAAAGGUCUGAAAGAGCUCCUAGAGGUGAGAUAAUGGGAGAAUCCAAGUUGAAGGGCCCUAUUAAUUACAAUUAUAAUGAUUUGAAGUCUGCAACCAAGAAUUUCAGUGAAAAGAAUAAAUUAGGAGAAGGAGGAUUUGGUACCGUAUACAAGGGCACUUUGAAAAAUGGAAAAAUAGUUGCAGUGAAGAAAUUACUUAUGCGCCAAUCCAAUAGGAUGGAUGAAGAAUUUGAGAGUGAAGUAAGGCUGAUAAGUAAUGUCCAUCAUCGAAAUCUUGUUCGACUUCUAGGAUGUUGCAAUAAAGGCAAUAAGAGAAUUCUUGUUUACGAGUACAUGAGAAACAACAGUCUCGACAGAUUCAUAUUUGGUAACAAGAAAGGUUCUCUCAACUGGAAGCAACGAUAUGAUAUAAUCUUAGGCAUAGCAAGGGGAUUGACCUAUCUACAUGAGGAAUUUCACAUUUGUAUUAUACAUAGAGAUAUAAAGACUAGCAACAUUCUCCUCGAUGAUGAUUUUCAACCUAAAAUUGCUGAUUUUGGGUUGGCAAGACUUUUACCUGGGGAUCAAACUCAUCUUAGCACUAGAUUUGCAGGAACAUUGGGAUAUACGGCACCUGAAUAUGCACUUCAUGGGCAGUUAUCAGAAAAAGCUGAUACUUACAGCUAUGGUGUGAUAGUCUUAGAAAUCAUCAGUGGUCAGAGAAACAGUGAACUAAAGAUUGAUGCUCAUGUUGAAGGCGAAUUCCUCCUUCAACAAGCUUGGAAGCUAUAUGAGAAAAGCAGGCACUUGGAGUUGGUGGACAAUACCUUAGACCCUAAUGAAUAUGACGCCAAGGAAUUAGAGAAAAUCAUAGAGAUUGGUUUGCUUUGCACUCAAGCAUCUCCUGCAAUAAGACCAACAAUGUCUGAAGUAGUUGGUUUGCUCCAAAGUAAAGGCUUAUCAAAGAAUAUGAGACCCACUAUGCCUCUCUUUGUUGAAACUGAUUCAGGGUCCAAGGGAGACACUUCUACCUAUACUGCUUCCUCAACAUCAAAUGCUACUUACUCUACUUCCAUGAUAUCAGCAAGAUCAUGAUUUUUAUCAGAAGACAAUGACAAGAAAUUUUGGAUUAGUUUAUAAUUAAGAUACCCUUUUUAUCUGAUUAUGGAAAAGAAGGGGUUUUUUUUGGGGGGGGGGAAGGAAAAGAAGGGUUAUUGAAAGAUGCGACAGCCAAGUAAAUUCUUUCUAACUGAGUUGCAACAGCUCAUCAAGUCAAAGCAGGCCUUCUGGUUCAAUGAGCUUUUAAAGAAGCACUCGGGAAUUACCAAUCGAUGAGAUCCUAACAUUGACGGCGAGACUUGAACAUUUUUGCGCGAUAUGGAAUUGAUCGUUACCACUUAUAAAUGAUCUAUAUCUCUAGUGGCAUUUUUAGUUUUAGGUGUUAGAAAGAUGGGUGUAAAGUUGAAUCACAUCUGUUCCAGAUCAUGUAUAUUUUAUUUCUUACACUUGGAUUCCUACAGGGAAUAUCAACAAGAUAAUAUUAUCAGGAUCAACUCAUCAAAAGUAAUUAUUAAGCAGUUUUGCACAAACCAA